UGUCGGUUCCGGCGAUCGUUGCAUUAUAAAAAGCAGCAACCGCUGCGCACCGUUCGUAUGAUUCAGAGAACGACACUGUAUCCAACUCCGUUGCUGGUCCUGUCCGAUCUUGAAGCUGAUUGCCUGGGGGCUUUGCGUGGACCCUUCUUCUCUGCCUUUUGAUAACGUCGUUUGGAUCCGCUUUCGGAAUCGAUUCUUGGGUUCUCCCGUCUUCUUGGGCCCAUCAGCAUGGAGGAGGCUAAGGUUCUCGAAACCAAGGAUGGGACCAUUUCUGUAGCUUCUGCAUUUGCCGGUCAUCAGGAAGUUGUACAGGACAGGGAUCACAAGUUUUUAACCAAAGCAGUUGAGGAAGCAUACAAGGGUGUAGAUUGUGGGGAUGGAGGCCCUUUUGGUGCUGUUGUCGUAUGCAAUGAUGAAGUCGUUGUCAGCUGUCACAACAUGGUUCUGAAGCACACUGACCCAACCGCCCAUGCAGAGGUUACUGCCAUUAGAGAGGCCUGCAAAAAGCUGAACCGAAUUGAGCUCUCAGACUGUGAGAUCUAUGCCUCUUGUGAGCCCUGCCCCAUGUGUUUUGGUGCCAUCCACCUCUCAAGAGCUAAGAGGCUGGUCUACGGAGCCAAAGCCGAAGCAGCCAUCGCGAUCGGGUUCGAUGACUUCAUUGCCGAUGCACUUAGAGGCACUGGCUUCUACCAGAAGGCUUCCUUGGAGAUCAAGCGGGCUGAUGGGAACCAGGCCAUGAUUGCAGAGCAAGUCUUCGAGAAGACCAAGGCAAAGUUCCAAAUGUACUGAUAUUGGCAUCUCUUCAUUCAGUUACCGUUUAGCUGAUUCCCUGUAACAACAAAACUGUUCCUACUCAUUUUAAAGGGUUCGAUCAGUUCUCGUGUUGCUAUCGUUUAAUAAAUUCACCGGCAACUCUACGGAAUCAAGAUUUGUG